AUGGGUCUGCUGGAGCUCUCCCCGGUAGAGAGGGGCGUUGUUAGCAUCUUCGGAGUCUCCAGCCGGUUCUUUGUAGCCAUGAGCAGCAGAGGCAAGCUCUACGGCUCGCCCUUCUUCUCGGAUGAGUGCAUGUUCAAAGAGAUCUUGCUCCCCAAUAACUACAACGCCUACGAGUCCUUUAAGUCCCCCGGCCUGUUCAUCGCCCUGAGCAAGAACGGAGGGACCAAGAAGGGGAACCGGGUGUCACCGACCAUGAAGGUCACUCACUUCCUCCCCCGGCUGUGA